CUCACUGUCAGAUUAGACUUUAAUCCGAGGAGGAGGGCUGUCAAGACGCUGUCUGCAUCUUGGAAGGACUCUCGGCUCUCUCUCUUUUUUUUUCUCUUCCUACAAACUAACCAACAGGAACACUUCUUCAGUGCUUCAGUUUUUUUUCCCCUGACAGUAAACGGUGUGCACAUAGAAGAUGUAUCGUCAGUCUUCCUUCGCUGUCUUUGCCUGUUCGCCGAUUUGCCAAUACGUUAACAUGUUAGCUGGCUAACUAGCUGCAAAAGAGUAACUAAAUCGGAUUAGCUGGGAACGGCAGCCUCCCUCUAGGUAAUAUCCAGGUAUUAUUUGCUAUACUUGAAAACUAUUACCAAGAAAAUAGUCGCCUCUGUUUAUUUAUUUUUUUUAUUUUUUAUUUUUUAUACAGCUAUAUUAGUGUCAACAUUACCACUCUAAAUUGUAAUUACUCGCUAGCAUUAAUGUUGCUGCAAGCUAGCUAGGUUAAAAGCUAGUCAAACCUGAAGUGCUGUAGCGUCUUCGCUAGCUAAUCUUAACUGUUUGUUUGGGGGGGAGAAAAAAAAAAAAAAAAAAAAGGAAAACUAGUGCCAACCGAAAGUCAAGACGGAGCUGACAGUCAGACUGAUGUGCUAGCUCGUCCGUAUUCAGGCUAGCUGGCAAAAAGAGCAGUACAAGAUUUUAACCCAGAAAUUAGCCUUUACUCUAAGCAAAGAUGUCAGGAAAGGAUAAAGAGAAAGACAAACAGGAGAAACAGUCCACAACGGAGCGGCUCAUUAAAGCUGUGCCAUACCCUCCGCAACAUAAACUGACGAUUAAAGAACUGUUUGAAGAUGGCAAGCCCAAUGCUGAGCUCCUCCGGAACCACCUCGUCAAAGAGGGCAGGGUAGAGGAGGAUGUGGCUCUAAAGAUCAUCAACGAUGGAGCCAACAUUCUUCGCCAGGAGAAGUGCAUGCUGGAAGUGGAGGCGCCUAUAACAGUAUGUGGAGAUGUCCAUGGACAAUUCUUUGACCUUAUGAAGCUGUUUGAAGUGGGAGGAUCACCCAGUAACACGCGGUAUCUCUUUCUCGGCGACUACGUAGAUCGAGGAUACUUCAGUAUUGAGUGUGUUCUCUACCUCUGGUCGCUCAAGAUCAACCACCCCACCACUCUCUUCCUCCUGCGUGGGAACCAUGAGUGCCGACAUCUCACAGAGUACUUCACCUUCAAACAGGAAUGUAAAAUUAAAUACUCUGAACGGGUGUAUGAUGCCUGUAUGGAGGCCUUUGACUGUCUGCCUCUCGCUGCCCUGCUCAAUCAACAGUUCCUGUGUGUACACGGAGGACUCUCACCAGAAAUCAACUGCCUAGACGACAUAAGGAAAUUAGACAGGUUUAAAGAGCCUCCAGCAUUUGGGCCAAUGUGUGACCUGAUUUGGGCUGACCCCGGUGAGGACUACGGCAGUGAAAAGACAACUGAGCACUUCAACCAUAACUCUGUCAGAGGCUGCUCCUACUUUUUCAGUUAUGCAGCAGUCUGUGACUUUUUGGUAAAUAAUAACUUGCUGUCAGUAAUAAGAGCCCAUGAAGCACAGGAUGCAGGGUAUCGGAUGUACAGAAAAAGCCAGACCACAGGAUUCCCUUCAUUAAUCACAAUCUUUUCAGCUCCAAAUUACUUAGACGUCUACAACAACAAAGCUGCUGUAUUAAAAUAUGAAAACAAUGUUAUGAACAUCCGGCAGUUUAACUGCUCCCCCCAUCCGUACUGGUUGCCCAACUUUAUGGAUGUGUUUACAUGGUCCUUGCCUUUUGUUGGAGAGAAAGUGACAGAGAUGCUGGUGAAUGUACUGAACAUUUGCUCUGAUGAUGAGCUCAUGUCAGAAGGAGAUGACCUGUAUGAAGGUGGUACUUCAGCGAUGCGUAAGGAGGUCAUCCGGAACAAGAUUCGUGCUGUGGGGAAAAUGGCCCGAGUCUUCUCAGUCCUCAGGGAGGAAAGUGAGAGUGUGUUAACUCUCAAAGGCCUGACCCCAACUGGAACUCUUCCUAUGGGAGUGUUAUCAGGGGGAAAGCAGACUUUACAGAGCGCUACCGUUGAGGCAGCUAAAGCAAAAGCCAUUCAAGGCUUCUCUCCCACGAGGAAGAUCCGUAACUUCGAGGAGGCCCGCGGCCUGGACAGGAUAAAUGAGAGGAUGCCGCCUCGCAAAGACGGCCAGCAGCCAGACGGCACCAUCAACACCAACACUCCGAACAAGAACGGCACUGAUGGAUAGACGACAAACACCGCCGCCUCGCUCCUUCACACCACCCGUAACCCCCACCGUCUCCCUCUGUCUCCCUCUUUGUCUCUCUUUCUCUUUCGCUCCCUGUUGGUUCGUCUCCUCUGAAACUGCCUGUCCGUCCCCUGCUCGCCCACGGUCUGGGCAGGGAAACAAUAGCGGAUAAAAAGGAGGCCACAGAGCUGGAAAAAAAAACAUUUCAGCUGCUGAAAAACACAAACUUUAUCAUCUGAUUAUCUGGGGAAGAGUCUAAUCUUAUUUAUUAAAUGAAUUAUAUUAGAUAUAUCGUGUAAUAGCAACAAACAUUGUAUGACGACUUUUGCAAUUGUGCAGCAAAUGUAUACCGUACAUUGAAGUUAACUUAUACUUGUCAAAGUUAUAAAAAAAGAGAAUUUUAUAAAUUUUACAAUACAGAUAGAUGAAGCCCUUGUUAUACAGGAGUUUUAGUCACAAGGUUAUUUUUUUUUUAUUGUUCUCCGUGUUUGGUAAGGGAAAGUUGAAGUACAGAUACUGUAGCCUCAGCCGCCUGGAUAUUUAGCCACAUGAGGUUCUACAUACAGUGCAGUGUUUGCUUUUAUGUGUGUCAGUUUAAUUCUAUGAUCAUAAGGGAAACUCACUCAAAAGUGAUUGCAAAUUGAGAUUUUAUACUAAAACCAUAAAAUUGAUGAAGACUGGUAGUCUUGGUUUUUUAAAUUUCCCUCACCACUUUGUUGAUUCCCAAAGAUGCUGAAUGGAUUUUUGUUCAGUAUUUUAGAUUUGCCGACUACUUCUUCUUCCUGUAUUAUCGGUUGUGAAUGAAACGGUUAAAGUGAAGGAUUAAAGCUUUGUAUGCAUUUAUAGUUGCAGUCGCUGGCUGUCCUGUGCUGAUAUGACUUGUGUUCACUUGAUGGCAGCUAGGAUGUUCUCGCUCCGCUAAACCAAAAAAAAAAGGAAAAAAAAGAGACAAAAAAAAUGGAAAAGGGAUAUACAGCACGUCUUAUUCUAUCACCACAACCAGACCCUUCAACACUCCCACAUCCCUGUUGGAAGCAUUGCUUCUCACGCACUGAAGUAUAAACCAACUUCUCUGGGGUUCUGAGCACUGCGCACGAGGAUUACGACACAAGUAACCGACCGACACAAACCAGUUGGAACAAAAGAGGACGUAUUUGCCACAAAGCAGAGGAACUGCUGGCAGAACAGACUUUAAUGAUCAUUAUUACUUAGGAAAUUUCAGUGUAUUUAACAGAAUUAUGGCAGUUUGAUUUGAUGUUCUGUUGUUUUUUUUUUUUUUUUCUUUUUUUUUUGUCAGACACUAAAAAAAAAACGGGCCGCACUUUUGGGGCUCUCCUUUGUUUCUUCAACUAAAUCUGUAUCAGUGUCUCCAUCUGCUGUUGAUUACACAGGACGCAGAUGUUUUUUUUUUUUUUUGAAUUGUCAUAUCGAAUAAGGAAAACAUUUGACGUUCAGUGAAGUGACAGCGCUUUGAUUGAUGCUGCGCCCGCAUACAAUGGACUGAGUCAUUCCCCUCGGCAGGGAUGACACUAAAAAAGCUACCGCCGCCACGCUAACAGCUGUCUAUCAAGGCCUAACAGUACUGUAAUCAUCUCAACCAUGGCUGACUCAUAUACAGGAGGUUAUUUUUAACUCGUGGUCAUACCAAGACGGGGACCAUUGACACUUAUUGAGAUUGCUGUUGUGUGUGUCUUUUUCUCUUCUUUCUGCUCUCGAGUGUUUAACAUUUCAGCUCUCUUCCGGUCUCGGCACCUCCGGCCCUCUUCACUGACACUCCCAACCCUUUAAAGACCUGCUUUGUUUUUUCUAGGACAUACAAUUCAACUGGUGCUUUGACACACCUGACUGUAAUUCUCUUAUAUUCUAUCACUCCAGAAAGGAAAGCAGGGGGGGAUAUAUGCUUUAAGUCUUGCUAUUUUCUUGUGGAUUCACCCAUUCUUUCUUUCUCUUCUUUUUUUGUUUUUUAAAAAAGAAAAAAAAAAAAUAACAGGCAUUUGCGCUCAUGUGCCAUGCCACCUCGGCCACACAACUCAAGAUCUGUGUGUGUUUGUGUGUGUGUAUGUGUGUGCACGGUGAGACCAGGAGAUUCAACAUCGCUCGUAGUCAUCUUGAUAUCCUUAAAAUUUCCAAAAAUGUUCUGUUCUGUAGACACCUGGGAAAGCUUAAGUAUUUGGGUUUUACAUGUUAAAAACUGUUUUAAAGGUAAGGCUUUAUUGGGUGAGCCGUACAGUAUACUGACCUCCUGUUAGGUCCUAAACAUAUCUUUCAGAAUGUAUAAAAAUAUUGUUCAUCAAGAAUCUUAUUAUAGAUGUAAAAGGGGUGAAAAACUGUACCGUAUUUGUCAUGCGAGGCCAUGAAAUCUUUUACGUAGAUGUAUCACUUGAAAGAAAAGAAUAAAAUUCAAUUAAAGUGUU